GCAACUAGUAAGGAAGAGGAUCCGCAUUUCUUUUUCGAGCCUCCGAAGUGAUGGCAGCUCAAAUGGGUUCCGGCGACGAUGCAGAAGGGUCGAAGCUCCUCUUAGCGGAGGCCGGUGAGCAGGAGCACUCUUGGCGGCUCAACUUUGAAGGUUUCCGGCGUGCUGAGCUUCUGGAAGAGAGGCCCCAUCGAGGGCUCCAUGAUUGCCUCGGCGUCUUAGGCAAAGAAGACAGUGUGGCUGAUUUUUAUCAACAACAAGUUGAGACGUUGGAUGGUUUUGGUGAAAUGGAUGAUUUGACUGAUCGUGGUUUUUUACCCAAAAUAUCAAAGAAAGAGCGUGAAAAGGUUGCCAAGAGUGAGAACCUAGCUAUCCGGAUAUCGAAUAUAGCAAAUAUGGUUCUCUUUGCUGCCAAAGUUUAUGCGUCAAUUAGAAGUGGUUCAUUGGCAAUCAUAGCAUCCACAUUGGAUUCUCUUCUUGAUCUACUGUCAGGUUUCAUCCUGUGGUUUACUGCAAUCUCUAUGCAGACACCAAAUCCAUAUAAAUAUCCAAUUGGGAAAAGGCGCAUGCAAUCACUUGGAAUUCUUGUAUUCGCAUCUGUCAUGGCAACCCUAGGCCUCCAAAUAAUCCUGGAGUCUGUACGUUCACUCUCAUCUCAUGAGAAUGAAUUCAGCUUAACUAAGGAACAAGAGAGAUGGGUUGUAAACAUCAUGUUAUCUGUGACGCUUGUGAAGCUAUCUCUGGUUGUCUUCUGCCGUUCGUUCACAAAUGAGAUUGUCAAGGCUUACGCGCAGGACCACUUUUUUGAUGUUAUCACUAAUCUCAUUGGACUCUUAGCUGCACUUCUUGCCACUUACAUAGUGGGUUGGAUUGACCCUGUUGGCGCCAGCAUUUUAGCACUUUACACCAUUCGAACUUGGUCUCAAACUGUACUGGAAAACGUGAAAUCUCUGGUAGGCCAGACGGCGGCGCCGGAGUUCCUCCAAAAGCUUACAUACCUCUGCUGUAAUCACCACAGAGCCAUCAGACACAUUGACACUGUUCGAGCGUAUACAUUUGGUUCUCAUUACUUUGUUGAGGUGGACGUAGUCUUGCCUUCAGAUAUGCCUCUAAGAGAAGCACAUGAUAUUGGCGAGGCAUUACAGGAGAAGCUUGAGCUUUUGCCUCAAGUGGAGAGAGCCUUUGUUCAUCUAGACUAUGAGUAUUUGCAUCGCCCUGAGCAUGCUCAAGCUCAUGAUUUAUAGCUCAAGUCGUUUUUAGCUUGGGCUUUUUUAUUUUAAUUUAAACUUUGUUUGGGACGGCUUUCUUACUACUUCUUAAAGCAGCUUUUUAGUAAAAAAAAAAAAAUUAUGCUAAAAAGCUUCUUUAAAAAACAGUAAGAAAACAGUCCCAAACGAAAACUUAGUUGUAAAGGCUUUCUGUUUUAUUUUCCUCUUGUUGCUUUGCUUUGAAUAAAGGCCAAAAGCUCUCAGAUGAUAGAUCUC